CUUUAUAAAGUCACCAGCUUAGCGCUGAUAUGGCUGUAGCUCUAUUUAUGAUGUCCUCUGCACAGAUCUACUCUGACAUUGACAUAUUAUUACUUAUUGGAAUGUCUGUCCUUCAGGUAGCACAGAGGGAGGAUGGUGAUCCUCAGAGGGAAGGAAAGGAAGUUGUUGAGGAAGAACCGGUGGCCACACCCAAAGAGGAGGCCAAGAAGGGAAGGAAGGCAAAAAGUAAGAGGAGUGGCAAGAAGUCAAGGAAGCUGGGCACUGACAAUGAUGCAGUCUCCAGGAAUAAACACCUGGAUAGAGGACCUGUAAUUGAGCUCCUGGAGAAGAAAGCUGUUAAGGCUGCAUUCGGCCCAGGCAACAAGGAUGAGAUGGAAUACUCCUACCCAAUCCUCAUCUCAUUCCUGCGCAAUCUUACUGAUGAGCAGUGGCAAGUGAUCUACAAAGGACUAAAAAACCCUAUGACGAAGGAACAGCUUGCCAAAUUGUGCAAGACAAUUGUAACCUUCAUCGCACAGACCACCCUGCAGAUCCUGCUGCCAGCCCUGGCCCGCGUACUUGGGGUAAAGGACUUUGCUGACGACGACACUGACUCACCCAAGAGGGGUGGCAGUGCAAGAUCCUUUGCUGCCUUUGAUCAGGAAAGACUGGAGCUCAUCCAGGAAGUUAGAUAUCUGGCGAAGAAAAUGUAUAAGGGCGGCACAGGGGCUCAACAUCUCAGGUCCCUAACACCCUCUUCUAAGAGGUAUGUUCCCCUCAAGGUUUUCAUGUAUGGAUUUCACCGAGAUCAUCUAUCCCAGUGUUAGCCAAUGCAAUUUACUCUAUCUGAUGUAGUA